AUGUCACGCCCGAUCACUCGGAACGCCCGCCCGGCCACCUUUCACCACACCCAAAAUCAUGUGCAUCGAGCUCCACUUCUAGCCCAGGCGUCCCGAAUUUUGGAAAAUGCCUCGUUCUCCGAGGACGGCAAGGGGCAGCUGAAGACGUUGUUGACCAGCCGGCCGCCAUGCAAAACGAGGGCCAUGAAUCCGGUCGGACAGUUAGUGCUCUGUGUUUUCGGGUUCGCCGUCUCGUUGGCCAUUUGCGUUUGGUUGGCGUUUUUCUCAGGUGAGGGCUACUUCUGGAAGCGCAUGGUAUUCGCAUCCGGAGCAGCGGUUUGCUGCCUAAUGUUUGCCCUCCUGGCAUACACCAGCAAGAAGCGGAUAGAUCACCCGCAAGAACCGGAGCCCCUGCCGGACCUCUCCCAAGAUCGGCGGAGAUCGACGAUCGGUGGCCGUAGCAGCAAGAGAUCGAUAGCCCACUCGGCAAGCGGGGAUCAUCAUUCGGCCUCAGCGCAGCCAACGCAGGUGCUCGUCGUCCAGAACAAAGAG